GCUCCAAACGCUGUCAGUUGUCCUCAAGGAAGGAAAGUGUAGAAGUACAAAUUUGAAGCCUUUCCGAAGCUCUGGAUUGGAAUCUGAAUUGACUACAAUCCGGAUCAAAUCAGAUUCUGUUGAUCGCCUGUGGAUCGAUGCGGUUAUGAUGCGUGUCACCGUGCUCACCAGUAUUCUCCUAUGCCUACUUGUGUUGGGCACUGUAACCGAGAGUCAUAGAUCGCGAUCCAAAGGCAAAUCUCGACUUCGUCACAAAUUCCUGCUAAAGAUCUUGUUGAAGAAGCUCAUACCUCCACGUCCUCGAUCUUGUAUUACAGCAUUCGGAUGCUUCAGGAAUCAGUGCUGCGUCAGGCAAAUCGACACAGCUGAAGAUGAGACCAGCGUGACAUUCGACAAGCGUGGAAGAUGUGCUCCUGCUGCCAAAUUUCUGAAUGAAGAGAAGUUCAGUAUCAACCGCAUUGACGAUAAUCUGAAUGCUGCUGAGGACCGUGUUGCAGAAUUGUCGGCCCAGUCCAUUGGCGAAGACCUGCUGCUCAUUUGUCGCCCUGGAAGUCUCGGUCCACUAUCAGAGGAGGAUAUACAGGUUUCCAAGAGACAUGCGAGCAACAGAGCUCCGCAGGUCGACGCUGUUAGUGUAGUUCCCGCAACGGAGGGCCCCGAUGUGGCCACCGUGCGGGAUGUUGAAGAUGAUGUUGCUGUGGAUGACGACAUGGACAGCGUACCGGAUGACGACAUGCCGGAUGAUAUGGGAGGUGAUACUGGAAGUGAUCCCCCUGGAGGAGAUAACGGCGAUGGACCUGGUGGGGACAUGGGCGGAGGCCCUGGAGGAGAUUCUGGUGGUGGGCCUGAUGGUGAUAUGGGCGAUGUCCCCGGAGGAGACACUGGUGGUGGGCCCGGUGGAGACAUGGGGGACGGCCCAGGAGGAGACACUGGCGAUGGAGGCCCCCCUGCCCAACCCAUGGAUUUACGCUCUCCCUCGCAAUAUGCCGAGAAGAUGGGGAUGUUCAGGGAAAGAGCACAGGAGGCUGAGGAAAUACUUCAAAACCUCCUGGACGGAAUCGGAGACAUUGACGAGGAUUAGGAGUGUACUAAAACCUCUGUUUCUUCGCAUCCCUUUUCCAAUCAAGCUACACUCGCUUAGUUCAUACCACUCAUAUUAUGAUUUUCCACUGUUGCUUUAGUAUUUUAGCUAUUCCGCAAAGGAAUCUGAUUCUGUGCUGGAAAAGCCAGUGCAAGCAUCCCUUGUAAUCGGCUUCCAUUUCAUCUCUGCUGCCUUCAAUCUAUUUACCCGCACGAUCUGUUCUCCUUUAUUGAUGCAACUGAGCUCAGCAAUUCUGCCACAGGAAAUAACUGGUGAUUAGCGUUAGACUUA